UGGCCAGACGUCCCAGGCUGAGUUCUAGGCUGCUUCUCUCCCCACACUAUUUAGCUCUUCGUUCUGAAUCCUCGCUAUCAGCAUUUUCUGGCAUAGAGAGUGGCUAGAGAGGCUAGGGGACCUGAACUUCCGUGGCUUCAUCUCGCCCCCGAGCCUCGUCUUCUAGGAACCUACUCCAGGUGUAGGUUUGGAGGUGGCAAAAGUCCGGCCCUAGAAGUCUAACCCUUCAGUCACGCCUCAGGAGAAAAAGGUGCCUUUGCCUCCUGUCCUCCAGCUCGUAGGCUUUGAAGCCAAGAACGCUGGCUUCGAAGGCGGGCGACCUGGUUGUAAAAGGCACCGUACAAAUACUUUUCUGAGGACCCCCUUCCCGUCUUGAACUGGUCCCCAGCUCGGGCUAUUGUGUGUGGGUAAUGGAGAGGCCCAGCGCUUCUGGAGACUAGGACUUUGUAGAAGAGAAAGCUGAAUGCUUGGACAGGGGCCCUAGCAUUUGGUGGAGGUGGCCAUGGGGAAGCGAUACUUCUGUGAUUACUGUGACCGCUCCUUCCAGGACAACCUCCACAACCGGAAGAAGCACCUAAAUGGGCUGCAGCACCUCAAGGCCAAGAAGGUGUGGUACGACAUGUUCCGAGAUGCAGCUGCCAUCUUGCUGGAUGAACAGAACAAGAGACCUUGCAGGAAAUUCCUGCUGACAGGCCAGUGCGACUUUGGCUCCAACUGCAGAUUUUCCCACAUGUCAGAACGAGACCUGCAGGAACUGAGCAUCCAGGUGGAGGAGGAGAGGCGGGCCAGAGAGUGGCCACUGGAGACCGCUGAGCUUCCUGAGGGUCACCUGGAGGACUGGCUGGAGAAGAGAGCCAAGAGGCUGAGCUCAGCCCCAAGUAUCAGGGCGGAACCCAUCAGAACCACUGUCUUCCAGUACCCUGUGGGCUGGCCACCAAUGCAGGAGCUGCCCCCCUCCCUGCGGGCACCCCCUCCUGGAGGGUGGUCCCUACAGUCCAGAGUCCAGUGGGGCUGAGCCCUUC